ACAGACCAGUGAUUUUUCGCUUGCGCUUUCUUUCUAGAGAUGCAGUUUGGGAAUUUCUUUCUUUCGAUCCGUACUGCUGUUGCGUUUUGUUUCUGGCUUUCGUGUUUGUCCGUGGCCGGCCCGCUACAUUGUAGCCUAUGUAGGUACAUUUUCUCCUGACGCCGCGCCUGCCCAGUGUGCACGUGUACUGAUAUGUAGGUGCCCAGCCGUAUUGAGCAAGUGUGUGUCGGCGUGUCGAAAUCUCUAUCUCCGUCGUUUCAUGUCACACUAUUGUCAAUUUGUCACCCGUCGUGCACUUGUUACAGUACUUGGGCGUGCAGAGGCAGUAGAUCUACGACGAGUAGCAAGCGGUCAGACUGAGGCCAGCCAGACCACAGUUGUCACAGCAAGCGAACGACCAUUACAUCCCCUGCUGCUGCUGCUGCUGCAUCAACUCCAGGCCCAGUGCAGUGUGGCAGUAACAGUUGCAUCACAUCACUCGUCUGGAGGUGAAGGCUGCACAGAGAGAGAGAGCGACGUUGUUGUUAUAGUCUUUAUGCUGUGCUGGUGCUGCUAACCGUGGUGAACAUUGAGAACAUUAUUGGCUGAGCGCGCUACAGGAAACAGCAGGCCGACGUGUCCGAGCAGUAACACUCGCCGUUACAGUCUCCAUCUCUUCUCGCCGCAGCAGCUGCGGUGGGCCAUGUCCGAGAAUGGGGAUAGUGACGCCAACCAGCGAGGGUGCAACCAGCACGCCAUAGUUAUCUCCGGCAGAUCGGCGGGAGGACAUGCAGCGCGCGGUCCCAAUCACGUUCAGCACAGCCUGUUCGGUAGCCAUGGCGACGCGACGGUCACCAACGGAUACAAAGAUCCCGAUUCGAACGCGAGAUGUGUUCCUGCGUCGAAGCCGACCCACCAUGUGGAUAGUCAUGUCGACGAGGAAAACGUAGUGCAGGUGCCAGAAGUUGAGCUCUUCCAGGAGGUCCUCCUUAACGCUGAACGACUCUCCUCCGUCAGCCUCUCCUCCUCCGACGAUCUCCCCAAGAAGGGGAAUUCCCCAGAGGGGGACGACGGCGACAUGAGUAGCAGUAGUGUAGCAGCUGCUGGCAGACCGAUGACGUCGCCGCGGUGUCGACUCGUACAGGGGAUUUCCCCGGAUAAUGAUGACGUAGACCAUGAGGAGGAUGAUGAUGACAUAAUGAAUGACGUAACCGCCAGUGGCAGCCCGCUGCUGUUGAAUCCUCACACGCUGAUGCAGGACAGCACAAUGCAUGGGGACCUGGGCGCUGCAGCAGCUGGUGGUUUCCAUCGACCUCUAUCGCGAUCACGCACUGACCCAACGACGGGUAUGGCAUCGUCACAUGUCAAUCCGACGACGUCGCUGGCAGCUGCUGUCGAGAAUGGAGACACAACCCGACACGGCGACAACAGAUCGGGAUCGUCGCCAGUGGCAACGGCAGCUGCGGCAACUGCUGAGGCGGGACAGCUGUACCAGACAAAACUUCCGGUGAUGGCCGUGCGCUCGUCUCCGCUCGAAAUGGUCCACGAGAAACCGUUACACGCGCCGCCGCCAUCGGCGAUAGCCACGGCAACCACCGCCAUGGCCGGCAGCGGCCCGAAGGUGUUCCAGCGGCUCUCAUCACAGUCGCCGGACGACGGUUGCAUCGACGAGAGGUGCGAGAUGAUGGCCAGCAGUGGGGAGUCGUACGGCGAACGCCCCGCGGCCGUCGUCACACGAACGAACAGUCUGAGCGGACGCUUUCGCAAGCGCCUGUCGCGCACACUCAGCAUGUUCUCGCAGAGUGACCUGCCCAAUGCUGUCGGCAGUGGUGGUGGUGGUGGAGGCAGCGGCAAUGCAAAGCCAGUCGCCACCCGAAGCAGCUCCGCUCUGUCGGCCAAGAGCGCGAGCUCCCGUGACGAUGCGGCGACGCCAAGUCGACUGCGCACCGCGGCGGGCAGGACAAACUCCUUGACAUCGCCGGCAAAGACGCCCAAGAAACAUCAGCAGCAGCAACAGCAGCAGGAGAACAUCGUGCGUCGACUCACUCGCUCCAUCAGCAUGGGAGCUCGGCCCCGUCCGUCGUCGGUCGGCGAACGACGUCAUUACGGUGUCGCGUCUGGCACCAUCGCCGCAGGGUCGUCCUCGUCGCGGAAACGCCAACGACGCGGCAGCCAGCCCUUCAUCGGCGACGGCAACGGCGCGGAGGGUGGCAGCUCGCCGCCGGUGAGCCCCUUCGGAGCGUCCAGCACGUACAAGAAGAUCUUGGUGAUCGGCGAGGGUAGCUACGCCACCGUCUACCUGGGUCGCAGCAGUCGUCUCAACACCAUCGUGGCACUGAAGGAGAUCACGUUGAAUCCCGAGGAGGGUGCUCCGUUCACCGCCAUCCGCGAGGCUUCGCUGCUCAAGGGUCUUAAACACGCCAAUAUCAUUGUACUGCACGAUAUCACGCACACGCCCAGCAAGCUGACGUUUGUCUUCGAGUACCUGGAGACGGAUCUGUCGCGCUACAUGGAGCCGCACCCGGACGGCCUGAGCUCCGACGAUGUACGCCUGUUCCUGUACCAACUGCUGCGCGGCCUGGCGUACGUGCACGCGCGUCGCAUCCUGCACCGCGACCUCAAGCCGCAGAACCUGCUGAUAAGCCGACGCGGAGAACUGAAGCUCGGCGACUUCGGGCUGGCGCGUGCCAAGUCCGUGCCUAGCCACACGUACACACACGAGGUCGUCACCGUCUGGUACCGCCCACCGGACGUCCUGCUCGGCUCGCGCACCUACAACGCCAGCAUCGACCUGUGGGGGGUCGGCUGCAUUUUCAUGGAGAUGAUUUCCGGCUCGCCUAUGUUCCCGGGUCUAAACGACGUCGACGAUCAGCUUGUCAACAUCUACAAAGUCUUGGGCACGCCGAGUGAGGCAACGUGGCCCGGUGUGACGCGGCUGAAGAACUUCAACGCCGACCCGUCGUCGCCUAGCAACCCAGCCUACACCAAGUACUGCCGCCUGCGCCUACACGCUGUCGUGCCGCGCAUCGCCAAGGAGCCGGGAGCCGAGCAUCUUGCCGAGCGACUGCUGCGCAUGAACCCGGCCGAGAGGCUCACCGCCCAGCAGGCCCUGCAACAUCCCUACUUUGCCUGCAUACCGUCCUCGGUCGCCCAGCUGCCUCCGUCCCAAAGUAUCUACGCUACCGGCCAGCUCAAGUUCACCGGCGGCGAUUCGAGAAGCUUCCGACGCGCUUCUCUCGGAGGCGCAGAAACGGCCCAGCUCGACCCCUCCAUAUUCGAGUAGGGCUAGGCUGUGCGUGCGCCAGGAGAAUUUCCCCUCCGCCCUUGUCCAUAUUCGAGUAGGGCUAGGCUGUGCGUGUGCCAGGGGGAUUUCCCCUCCGCCCUUGUCCGUGUUCGGGUGGCGCUGUGCGCCAGGGGAUUUCCCCUCCGUCUUCCAUCCGCGCGCGCACUGCUGAAGAGUACGGUGAGGGUUUCCAUGAGUGGAUGUUGACAUCUCUAUUGGCUGUCUGUGCAUGGCUGCAUUGGAGGUUGAAGAGUCGUUGCGGCGGCUGCGUCUUGGCCUCCGUUCUGCUCUCAUUUUGCAGUUAGUGACUCAUCCGAGGUGUGCUUACUUCCGCCGCCGGUGGUCACAUGACGUAGUCCGUAGUCACGGGUACCACCGUGUCAGAGAUGCACCCCUUGCUAGUCACAUGACCCGGUCUGCAGUCAUGGAUACCAUGUCAGAGAUGCACCCCUGCUAGUCACAUGACCUAGUCUGUAGUCACGGAUACCACCGUGUCAGAGAUGCACCCCUUGCUAGUCGCAUGACCCGGUCUGCAGUCAUGGAUGCUAUUACUACCAAGCCAAAGAUGCAGCUACUCCCACCGCCCCGUUGGUCACAUGAUCUGCUAGUCUGGUGGUAUCCUUGACUACAGACUGUUGCUAUUCCUUUGACAAAAAAUGUUUUACAGUUUAUUUCGUUUUCUGAGCUGAGGAGUCGGAGCGUGGCUGCUACUGUUUGUCGUGUGGCCCCGUUCUGCAGUCGUAGAAUACUGACACGGUGACUCAGCGCUGCAGCGACCACUGCUUUCUGUCCCUUGACCCAUUUUAAACCUAGAGUUACAAUGCUGUGACGUGCAGCCCCUUGACCCAAUCUGCCGUCACAGUGCUCUGACGCGUUGAGUGAGAGGUGCAGAUAUGCUGUGCUGUACACUGUGUGGUCUUCUGGCGUGUGACGAAUCCUGCGGCAAUUCUGAACUGCCCCAAUGCCGGGCUCAGAGAUGCAGUUUCCUAUUCAACAGUAACUUUGCUGUGGCGUGCCGAGUCGGAGAUGCUGCCGCUACUGUGUGCUUUAUUUUAGUCAUGUCAUCCAGUUCUGAGGUGAUUGAGGACUGCGGCUCGAUGGCUGGCUCCGAGAUGCAGUUUCCGCUGUCGCUUGCCCGGUGUGAGCGAGAAUGCGCGCGUGGAGGGAGUGUGUUCUCUUGUGUUGGUAUACGAUUCGUCAAACUAUCCAUCUUGUUAACAACUGAACUUGACCUGUGCCGAUCUAAUCUAUGCAGUGUAAAUCCAUUUUCGUUCGAACGCAGACGUUACGAAUAGAGUACGGCGAACAGGCUGACGAGUAUCUUUGUUGAGUGGUGCGAAGUGUGUGUGUGUGUGUGUGUGACGCGCGUGGUUUGCGCGCAUCUUGCUGUGCAGAAAUGCUUUUCCUCCGCUGUCUAUUUAUCUAUCGUCAUGUCCGUCCGUUCGUUCGUCUCAGACGGUCGGUGCUUCACUAUCUCUCUGUCUCUUGUGCACACACGCACGCACACACACACACACGCACGCACACACACGCACGCACGCACGCACAGACACGUGCCUGUUUUGUUUUUUCGCGGACUGGAUUUUUCGCUCGUCUAGGAUUGUAGCGUACAGACUUUAACCUUGUACAAUCCACGACGCGUACUCUCCACUUUCCAGCUAACGUAAAAGAGUUUUGUAUCGCUGUCGCUAUGGACACUGUAUACAAUAAAUAAUUGUUUUGAUUCAUGUGUAAAGAAUAGAUCCGUCCGGCCCCGUCUCCUUACACACAGAGUAUUUAUGGCUUGUUUUGUAUUCUGUUACAAUGUGCAUUGUUUGUACGGCUUGUUUGUGUGCUCCUAUAAUAUUAUUAUUGUUGAUAUUAUUGUUGAUUUGUU